AUGUGGCAGCCUUUCCCGGUGCAUGUGCCAUUCGCUGCCAGCAGCUUGCCCCCAUCGGCGCACCACUCCUCCACGUUUGCUGGGCGCAGGCAUGAUGCACAGCGGUUCAUUCUGUUUGGGCCGGUGCUUGUAGCGCUGCGCAGCCACUCCCGCCCGCAUCAACUUCCAGCAGCUCGCCGGCAGCGCAUGAAGCAACGUCCCUCAUAUGACUACACAACUGGGUUGCAGGAGGAGCUAUAUUUUCUCAACUGUCCAACGAACGCGCAGCAUCCAGGACGAUCGCAAAAUGCGAAAGAGUUGAGGUACAAAAUAAAGCAAUGUCGGAGCGCUUCGAGUUUGCUGCAGCUGCUGGAGGAGGGUGUGUCUGAAGAGAUUAUGGAAGCCAGUGUCAUUGGUGCUGCAAUGCAGACAUGUGGCUAUCAGAGCUGGUGGGGAACCUUUAUGAAAGUCCGCAGCAUUCAGCAGAAGCACUCGAUAUCAUUAUUUGUUGUUGAGAGGAACAUUGCAAUGACAGCCUUGUCGCAUUGUCUGAAACACGGGGGGAAGUUUGGAGCAAUUCAACAACGCAAGCAAGCCGUGCUUCGCAUGGCGCAAGAAAUCUGGCAAGAAGUGCCUCAGGGCACAUCAACAGACCAUGAUUCUUUCAAUUGUGGUCUCAGCAGUGCUGUUAAGAUGGCCCGUUGCGUCGACAGCCCAGAAGCUCUGGAAUGGGGUCUGGAAGUCUGGCGUCAAGCAGAUGACAAUUAUAGCAAGAGCAUUAUAACUUUUGCUACUUACGCCCACUUUUUGGAGCACUACGAGCUUCAUGACAAGGUGGAUGCGCUGCUGGCAGACAAGGAGGUAGAGAAGAACUGUGUGCUCUUAGGAGCACUUCUUGACAGUGCUGCCUCCCGUGGACACACGGCUCGCGCAGGUCAUUUGUGGCGAUCGUUUGUCAGCAAGCAUGAUGUGACCCCGAACUUGCUGUGCUAUAACGCAUUUGCCAAAGCUUUUCUCAUUUCAGGGCAUCCAACACGCGUGGUGCGGAUUCUUCGGCCAGUUGUGGAUGCGGCACGCAGCCAGGGCAACUUCCAGCUUGUGGGCGCCUAUAUUCAGUCGCUGCUGGUUCUUUACCACUCUUCCCUGGCGGCAGAGCAUUUACGUGAAUUAAGGCCACUGCUAAAGAAGACGCCGCCUCGCAGCUAUGCGAAAGACUGGAAGCGCUUUGAUGCAGCGGCGCGACAUUUGGCGGCUGGAAGGCUCAUCCCGCUCAGCGAGGUGCUGAUCGAAUGGAAGGCCCGAACGCGAAGCUCCAUGGCCAACUGGAAGGACGCCGUGGCUGGUUCCGGCUACUUGGCAGAGCUGGAGCCGGCCAGAGUUGAGAAGGGCCGCUUGCCGGAGGUGACGGAGAUGUCGCGCUUCCUGGCGCGGCCCACGGACUUUGCCUAUUUGGUCACCGAGGUCACCGCCGGCGGCCAAGUGCGCUCGAUGACCAUCACCCGGGGCGCCUUGCUGCGGGAGACGGCUCUCAGGCCGCGGGAUCUGAGGGCAGUGUCCGUGCGGCCCUCCGGUGGCUCGGAGGUGGGCCCCAUGCUUGGCAGGCGCUCGGGGCUGCUCCUCGGCCUCGGCGGGGUGCGGGCGGUGGUGGAGGAGGAGCGUGCCCUGAUGUUCGGGCCGCCCGGGCGCGACCAGAUCCGCUUCCUGCGUGUCUUGGAGAACCAGAAGCGCCUGGCGGCGCAGGAGAUAGGCCUGGCGCAAGCGGGCAGCUUCCGCAUGAUCUUUGUGGAGAGCGCUCUCUUGGCUCUGAGCCGGCGCCUUGCGUCGAGGCUCCUGGAGAUCCGGCAGCGCACGGAGCCGAAGCUCCGGGCGCCCCCGGUGCUGCGGGAGCCUGAUUUGGAAGAGGUGCGCCAAUUGCGGCGGUCCUUGGUUCGCUGCGCCAGCCAAGCCUCCGCAGUGUCUUCGUCUUUGCUGUCUCGGCUGGACGGGGAUGAGGCCAAGCUCCUCGCUGCGGGGGACGGCGAUUCUGCGGCCUCCCACGACGAAUGGGAAGCGCUGCUGGAGGCGUACCUCCAGGCCUACAGCGAGCUUUCGAGGCAAUGUACCUCCCUUCUGAUGGACAUUGAGGAUUUCGAAGGCUCCACGAGCCUGGCCUUGCAGGCGCGGCGUUUGCGAGUGGAGCAGUUCGAGCUGAGCCUCGUCAUUGCCUCGGUGUCCAUUGCCGCUGGGGGCCUGGUGCCAGGUGCCAUGGGAAUGAACCUGUUGACCGGCUGGGAGAAUUCAGAUUCGGCCUUCCGGGUGGCCAUCCUGGUCACCUGCCUGGUGGUCAUCACUCUCUUCUUCACCAUCCGGUUCUUGGCAAGCCGCCAGGGCUUCCUUCUGUAG